AAUAACUCACUUUCUCCCUCUCGCACCACUGGCGAACAUCGCUGCGGCUCUUUUUAAUGGAUGUCAGGCUACAAACUGAGGAUUAGGACCAGAUUCAGCAGAUUUGGACAUUUUAAAGCAGCGUGUGCAAAAAAGAAAAGCAGUCUCACAGAAGGGAAUAGCGACCUGUUGCAUGCUUUUAUCCUUCACACAAGAUGGAAGUAGCGCAGCGGGCCUGAUCGUCGAGUCAGACCGAGGAAGGGACACUCACUACUGGGGAGUGCCAGGCUCAGUGUGGUCCCCCGAGGGCCCCGUCCCCAUGGACCUGCGUGUGGGAGAGCGUCUGCUGCGGCCGGGCUCGGGUUCAGACACGGCCUUCCUGUCCCCGCUGCACCCUCAGCUGCUGAUCGGAUACAACACACAGCACUGUUCCCAGUACAGCCAGCAGCAGCUGCAGCGCAUACAGCAGUAUAACAUGGAGCAGCAUCUCCAAGACCAGGAGCAGGCCAAACAGCAGCUCCAGCAGCUCAAACACAAGGACAAGAGUCAGCAGAGUGCAGUGGCCAGUGCGCUGGUGAAGCAGAAGCUGGCUCAGGUGAUCCUGAAGAAGCAGAAGCAGCAGGCCGUGCUGGAGAGAACCAACUCCAACCCGCUGAGCAGCCCGUCUGUCGCCUACCGGUCAGAGAACACACUGAAGCACACAGGUCUCUGGAGUGUUUUGUUGAGCAUGCUGGCUUUUUGUUCGUGUUUUUCAGCCUCUGAGCCCAACCUGAAGGUGAAGCAUAAAUUAAAGAAGCACCUGAACACCCGCAAGAGUCCUCUGACCCGCAAGGAGAGCGCACCGCCCGCCGUUAAACACCGCACUCCUGAUGCACUCGAUUCGUCCCCCAGCAGCAGCAGUACUCCCGUGUCCGGCUGCAGCUCCCCGAAUGACAGUCUGCCCACUGAGAACGGGGCGUCCAGCAGCAGCAGCAGCCUGUCCCACGAGGUCUGGUGUAUGACUCCCAAAUGCUGAAGCACCAGUGCACAUGCGGAGACAACAGCAGUCACCCAGAGCAUGCUGGGAGAAUCCAGAGCAUCUGGUCCCGCCUGCAGGAGAGGGGCCUCAGGGGCCAGUGUGAGAGUAUUCGAGGGAGAAAAGCCACCCUAGAGGAGCUGCAGUCUGUGCACACGGAGAGACACGUCCUGCUGUACGGCACCAACCCGCUCAACAGACUCAAACUGGACAACCGCAAACUAGCCGGCAUUCUGUCACAGCGGAUGUUCGUCAUGCUGCCCUGCGGGGGAGUCGGGGUGGACAAUGACACCAUCUGGAAUGAGAUGCACACGUCCACAGCUUCCCGCAUGGCGGCCGGCAGCGUGACGGAGCUGGCCUUCAGAGUGGCUAAAGGAGAACUCAAGAAUGGCUUUGCUGUGGUCAGGCCACCGGGACAUCACGCAGACCCCUCAAACCCCAUGGGUUUCUGUUUCUUCAACUCGGUGGCGAUCGCUGCUAAACAGCUCCAGCAGAAGCUCAGCGCCAGUAAAAUCCUCAUCGUUGACUGGGAUGUUCAUCAUGGCAAUGGCACUCAGGAGAUCUUCUACAAUGACCCCAGCGUCCUCUACAUCUCUCUGCAUCGCUACGAUAACGGAAACUUCUUCCCCGGCAGUGGAGGACCAGCAGAGGUGGGUUCUGGUGCCGGCGAGGGCUUCAAUGUUAAUGUGGCGUGGACCGGUGGACUGGAGCCUCCCAUGGCGGAUGCGGAGUACCUGGCUGCCUUCAGGACGGUGGUGAUGCCCAUCGCUCAGGAGUUUUCCCCAGAUGUGGUUUUGGUCUCUUCAGGCUUCGACGCUGCAGAAGGACACCCGUCUCCUUUAGGAGGAUACAAAGUCACUGCCAAAUGUUUCGGCUUCAUGACUCGUCAGCUGAUGACGCUAGCAGGAGGACGUGUGGUUCUAGCGUUAGAGGGAGGUCACGACCUUACAGCCAUAUGUGACGCGUCUGAAGCCUGUGUCAGUGCUCUGCUGGGGCUGGAGGAGCCUCUUCCCGAGUCGACUCUUCUGCAGACGCCCAGCGCUAGCGGAGUGCUGUCCCUGCAGAGAGUGCUGCAGAUACACAGUCAGUAUUGGUCCUCCCUGAAGCCGCUGAUGGGCACGGUGGGCAUGUCCUUUCUGGGCGCUCAGAGGAAAGACUGUGAGGAAACAGACACGGUCAAUGCCAUGGCGUCUCUUUCAGUCGGAGUCCUG